AUGCAGAAGAAAGCUCGCAACAGAAUGAUUGGCCCCCCUGACAAGCUCGGUACACUAGCUUCGAGAGCACCAUUCCGUCGCACCAACCAGACGCUCAGCGAUCGCGAAUCAAGGCUGCUGAGUUCCAAUCAGAUUAGGGGAGCAGCUAGGUUUCUCGUGCAGAGUGCAACUAGGCAAUUCAAACCUGUCAAUGGACUAGCAAGGACGAUGACAGUGACUGCUCCUCAGAAGCAUGGGAAGGAGAAUGAUUCCAGUGAAUCUGUCAUCACCAAAGAUGAAAAUGUUGAGCCCCUGGUUGGCUUUGGCAAACCGCCCCCUUUGCCGCCAGUUUUUGGUCCUUUGUUCGUGCUCUCGUUUUUCGAAAUGUCAUCUGGUGAAGAAGAAAAUAAAUGAGUCAGGCACUCAGGCUCAGGAACCUGUACAAGCUGCUUCGGAUUUUCUGUUUGGUUUGCAGCAUACUCCCACGGUGACAUAAGGUUCGCUCUGUUUUGCAGGGAUUUGAUCAUGUACUACUGUUGAUCUUCCUCAAGCAGUCCGUGUCUUUUCAGCCUUGUACAGACUGAGAAGCUUUGUACUAGCUACUGCUGUAGUUGUCAGCUACUGUAGUACUAAGAUGAGUAAAUAAAUGCUGCGGUUAGCCAUAAGCCCAUAACCGUAAGCUUUGUGCU